UGCUAGGCAGAUCAUUUCGGGACGGCUUGUAUGUUGAAGUCGUCGGGUUGUAGAAGAUGUCCGCCGCGGGUGCUGGAGGUUGCGGACCCGGACCAGGACCCAGCGCCGGUCCUGGUUCCGGGGCCUCCAACCCACGUAAGUUUAGCGAGAAAAUAGCUCUGCAUACUCAGCGUCAGGCCGAGGAGACAGCCGCAUUUCAGGAGGUUAUGAUGGACAUUACCUCGACACGGAUUCAAGCUCAAAAGGUGCGGCUGGCUAGAACGCAGGGGCCUUACUAUGGUGGCUCUCUACCAAACGUCAAUCAGAUCGGCAGGAACGCCCACGACCUCCAGGGCCCAUUCCACUCUAACCUUGAUUCGAGUCGAUCUACACGGCACCAUGGCCUGGUGGAGAGAGUCCACAGAGACAGACGCUUCGUCUCUCCUAGCCGACCAUACAGGAGACAAAUGGACAGCUCUCAUUGCAGCUCUGCAUACCUCUCUCCACCCCCUGACCCCAGCUGGAGAAGGAACUGGUCCAGUAAUUUCUCCAUGGACAAGAACCCGUUGUUCCGUCUUCCCACCACAGCACUCAACAGAACGAACUCAGACUCUGCACUGCACACCAGUGUGAUGAAUCCCCCCGCUGGAGAUCCCUUCAGUGCAGGACACAACCUAAACCCUCAGGGGCGUCGCAGUGGUUUGACAGAGAGUGAGGGACGGAGGAUGUUCCCAUACCCAGUUCCUCCCAUAGAGGAGAAUGUGCUAGAUGAAGGAAAACUCCUGAAACCAUGGGAUACUAAAAAGUUUCCCAUGCUGUCCUCGCGACCAAAAUCUUGUGAAGUCCCUGGAAUCACCAUUUUCCCCUCACCAGACCAACAGUCCAGUGCCCCUCAUGUCCCGUCUGCUCUGAAUACUGGGGGUUCCCUACCUGAUUUGUCUAGUCUGCACUUUCCCUCCCCACUACCAACACCACUCGACCCAGAUGAGCCUGGCUAUCCCUCCCUCAGCGGAGGCAACAGCACUGGCAAUCUGGCCUCCACCCUCACUCAACUCGGAAUCGAUACCACCAACGCCUUCCACUCUCCAGGUCUCCUGGCCUCUCUACAGGGCACACUCAGUAAUCCCUCCCUUCAGUCAUCACUUAGCAACCCAAAUAUCCAGGCAUCUCUGAGCAGCCACUCUUUCCCCAACUCCCUUAGCUCCACCUCCCUGCAGUCGUCACUCAGCAACCCCUCCCUGCAGUCCUCCCUUAGCUCCUCCCCUUCUUUGCAGUCUUCCCUCAGCAACCAGUCCUUGCAGUCCUCUUUGAGUAACUCUUCCCUAAGUGGACAGUCCCUUCAGUCAGCACCUAGUGCCGUGGGUGGGUCAGGCUCCUGUUUGAGUUCGUACCCUUCGCUCUUACCUGGCCAGGUACAGCCGCAACUGAGCACCUCCCCCCGGAGACGAACCCAGCUUUCACCACUCAAUCUGCCUAUUGGCCCGGAGUCCCGCAGGCACCUCUCCAAACAGUUCUCCCCCACCAUCUCACCCACACUGUCCGCCAUCACACAGGGUGUUCCAUUGGAUACCAGUAAGCUGUUGAUGGACCAGAGGUUACCACAGUAUCCCUACAGUCAGUCACAGCAGGCCCAGGGCACUGAUGUCCAAAAAGGCUGCUCCUCGCCACAGUCAGCACUGCCAACAGGCCAACACCAACAAUUACAGCCACAGCAGCAACAACCAGGCCAGCCACCACAGCGCCACACGCAUCGCCCGCAGACCCAGAUGUCAUCGCAGGCCAUGCAACUGCACAUGCAAAACAUGCAGAACCUGCGCAAAAGUCAGAACUUUCAGUUGCAGCAGCAGCAGCAGCUUCAGAGGCAGGGCUCCCACCUUCAGCCGCAGCCACAGCAGAACCAGAAUCACAGCAGUGCCGUAGAUACGCAGGGGCCAAUGAACUCACAGAGUAUCCAGGAGCCAGACACGCAGGCACAGGCCACCAGCCAGGUGGACGAGCAGUCUGCACAGCAAGAGCAGCAGAACCAGAGUCUCCCUCAGCUCCAACAGAUCAGCCAGUCUCUAGCCAGUGAUCUUGGGCUUUACAAUGACUCUUUGUUAUUGAACUCUCUGCUGGAUGAUCCAUACCUGGGCCUGCAGCUCACUGGCAGACAAAACCAGAACUUUUCUCAGCAGUUCAACAUUGACUCUCAGGUAGAGGGUUUGUCCUUUAACCACAAUCUGGGCUCUGGCACCGUCUGUAAGGGCCAGGAUGGCUCAUUCUCUAGCCACCAGGGGGUGCUAGACUUGCUGGAGUCUACAGAGCAACAGUUCCUCAACCCCAACCAAAACCAGAAUUAUGGCAGUGGACGCCACACUGUCCCCAACAUCAUAUUGACUGGUGACUCUCCUCCUGGUCUGUCUAAGGAGAUCACCAGCGCUUUAUCUGGGGUGCCAGGUUUUGAGAUGGACCCAUUCUGUUCCGAUGACCCCCUCAGGAUGGACCCGCUGGCUCUGGACGGGCUUGGCAUGCUUACCGACGGAGACCUGCUGGCCGAUCCUGCUGUGGAAGACUCCUUUCGUUCUGACAGACUCAAGUGAACGAGGGGAAGGAAAAAUGGAGAUGAAGCGGGGGAAUAGAAGGAUGAGUGUAAGCUGUGGUAUUUGGGAGGAAACAGAAAGAAACAUAGCACGAAACCCCGUAGCAUGUCUGAGAAAGGAGUAAAGUCUUUAAGGCAUUCCAGUGGAAUUUCUUCAGUCUCCACCAUCUGUAGGCUUGAAAACUGCUGAACCGAUUCCUGAAUGGGACCAAAUAUGUUUGUUGAACAAGUAUUGGUCCAGCUGUUUAUUCUCUAUGCGCCAGGCACUUACUGAGAUUUCUCUUGUGAUGCAAGUAAAUGUAGGCAUUAGCUUGUCUAAAUCCUUUCUGCAUGUUAACAGAUGCACUUCAGAUUACGUGACUCAAAACUGGCGUCAAGCAUGUGAUACCGGCUCGCUGGGAAGGAUAUUCAACUUGAAAAUCUGUGAUAGGAGAUGCUCUUUUUUUGUAUUUGUUAUGUGCUCCCAAGUGAGGAUCCAGGAAAACAGGCCAAGUUCCUUUGUGCUCUCACUGAAGAGGAAUCGCCAAAUAUGAAUAUGACCAACUUGACCAUGUCACUGUACGCCACUGAUCGUGAAGCUUAUGCUUUGUACUAAAAGAGUAUUUAUUAAUUUCAAACUGAAACAUGGUUGUUCAGUGAGAUGGUGUCUAUUUUUCAUGGCCUCACCAUCAAUUUAAAUUUGCCUUGUUACGUAACAAGGCUUUGAUUAUGCUGUAAUGUUGCAAAGCCCCAAAAGAAGAAAGUGGCUUUGAUUUAGUAACAGACUCUCAUUGCACCCAAGUGUCUGGAAAAAGAUUGCGUUUUUGCUCAGAGACAAACAUAUUUCAUUAAGAUGAGAUUUGUCUGAGAAUUUACAUCUAAAUACCCCCUGAAUUUUUUGUUGUUGUUUAUGCUUCAUAUGAAGCAUAAAGCCUGUGUUUUGUGAACGUGAUGUGACAGUGGCAGUUUAUAAUAGCAGUUUGUGUAAGUGCUGCUGUCUUUUGUGUCAGGCUGAGCUGAGUUCAUCUCCUGUGUGCCCCCCACCUCCUUCCCCAACUGAACUAAAAGCUGCAGCCCUGCUAAUAUAACAUAGCAUAUGCUGUUGCAUUGCAGUUGCAUGAACUGAUUUCUCACGAGGGUGAUUUGCAUCCAAAUGGACACAUGUUGAUGUGUUAGUGUUCUAAUGGCUGUCCCUCGUGUGGUUUGCUUAUGUCUGGUGGAAUGUGUGUGUUUGGAGCCAGAGAAUGCAGUCAGAUUUUUUCCGUCACUGUGAUAUGCAUCUCUUACUGCUCCCCCUGCCUGCCUUUGCACAUGCCCACUCCUGAACAAGGCCAUAUUCAAAGGACUACAUAUUUUAUGUAACAAAUAGUGUGUACUAUGAAGUUUAUUUUUUAACAGAGUAAAUCUAGAUGUACGUGUAUAUAAAUGUAUUCGUAUAAUAAGUCUAUAAAUUAAGGAAGAGAAGCCUAUUUCUGAUGGAAUGCACCAAAGCGUUGUCAUUCAGCAGGUUGAGUUUUAUUUGUUGAAGCCACAGAAUAUUUGAGUCUGCUUUGUCUAUUUGCCUUCUGUGUCAGUGUCGUUUGCUUGACAUUUUUAU